AAUUGGAGGAUUGGUAGGGCAGUCGUCAGUUGGGAAUUGCAAUGAAUGCUGAGAACGCUAGAAUUGUGAGGCUUGUCCUCUUGGUGACUGAAGUCGCUCUCGUUAUUGCGCAUCCAUUCGCAAGGUUCAACCCAAAUAGCCGAAUCGUGGGGGGCGAUACGACGAGCAUAGCAAGAGUUCCUUACCAGGUCAGCAUCCAAAUUGAUGGCGAUCACAACUGCGGUGGGAGUAUCAUCUCCAAGGAUUGGGUGAUCACCGCAGCUCACUGCGUCGAUCCUGACACGAACUAUACGAUUCGGGCUGGUAGCAAUAAUCACGAGGAUGGGGGAUCAAUCCACCCGAUGGCGGAAUACAAAGUCCACGAGCGUUACAUACUAGACUUCGAUGGCCUUCCGGUGAAUGACAUUGCUUUGAUCCGGGUGGAGGUGCCUUUCGAGUUCGAUGAUAAUGUCCAGGCGAUCGAGAUGUACAAUCAGGGCGAGGCGGCUGUCGUCGGAUCCGUCGGGGUCGUCACAGGAUGGGGUGAAAUGGGGGAGAAAGUCCCGGCGAAGGGGGAGGAGAAUCUCCUUCAGAUUGUUGAGGUGCCGAUCACGUCCAAGCACUCUUGCUUCACUGGAGUCACUCGUGUUCCCAGGGGUCAGAUCUGCGCUGGUUAUCCGGAAGGUGGAAAGGAUGCCUGUGGAGGUGAUUCUGGUGGUCCUCUGGCCAUUGAUGGACGUCUUGCUGGGAUUGUCUCCUGGGGACUUGAAUGCGCUCAACCCGGAUAUCCUGGAGUCUACACCGAAGUCGCGUACUACCGACGGUGGAUCCGGAACAAAUCCGGCAUUUGAAUAUUCGGUGAUUGAUCUAUUAUUAAAUCAAUUUCCACAUUUGAAUCUUUGUAA